AUGGAGAUCGACAAGAAAGUAACCGCAGACGAUACCAUCAACGAGAAAGAUGUGCAAAUUGGCAUUAUAACGGACCUCGAUGAAGGAGAGGUCUUCCUCCGCCAACAUGGAUUCAAUCAAGAGGCUAUCCAGACACUCCUGGAUGACGAGCCACGCAACAACGCCCUGGUCCGAAAGGUAGAUCUCGUGUUGCUGCCUUUACUUUCCGGGACAUAUAUGCUCCAGUAUAUCGAUAAAUCAGCUCUCGCCUACUCUGCCGUGUUUGACCUUCUUCCUUCGACGCAUAUGACAAGCGACCAAUACAGCUGGCUUGCCAGUAUCUUCUAUUUCGCAUACCUCGUUGCCGAAUACCCAUGGGGUAUUCUCGCUCAGAAAACAAAGCUUGCGAAAGUCGUGUCUGGGAAUAUUAUUGCCUGGGGAGCGAUGCUCAUGAUUACUGCCGCCUCUUCCUCCUUCACGGGAAUGGCUAUCUGUCGCUUCCUUCUGGGAGUUUUCGAGGCCCCCAUCACCCCUUGUUUUAUGAUGAUGAUUGGAAUGUGGUACACACGUGCUCAACAACCUUUCCGUGCCGGUGUCUUCUACAGCUGCAACGGACUGGGGGCUAUGGUGGGUGGCAUUCUCACAUAUGGAAUUGGACAAAUCCACACCAUCGCCGUAUGGAGAGCCAUCUAUCUGAUUCUGGGCGGCAUUACCCUCGUCUGGGGAGUUGUGAUGCUUCUCUUCCUCCCAGAUGACGUUGUCUCAUCGAAGCGUUUCACUUUGGACGAAAAGGCCCUCCUCAUUGGCCGCGGCCGACUCGGUCACACUGGGAUCAUCAAUCACCAAAUCAAAUGGUAUCAGAUACGCGAAGCACUGCUAGAUCCACAAGUCUGGAUCUUGUUCUUGUUCACUCUUCUGAACGAGGUCGUAAAUGGUGGGAUCGCGGGCUUCGGAAAACUGAUCAUUAAGGGGUUAACCGAUAAUUCAGCUACUGCUGUUGCUUUGGGUAUUCCCUUUGGAGGAUUCCAGAUCUUCUAUGUCCUAGGAGGAACGUAUCUUGCAUCUAGAGUCAAAAACUUCCGAACUGUCGUCAUGUUCGUUUACUUGAUGCCGACUGUCAUCGGCGCCUGUCUCCUAUGGAAGUUGGACCAUGAAACACACAAGGUCGGUGUGUUAUUUGGUUAUUAUAUCAUUGGCGCCUAUGUCUGCUCUCUGGUACUGGCUUUGCAAAUGCCGGCGACAAACCUAGGUGGUUAUACAAAACGUACAACCAGUGUUGCCUUGGUGUUUUUGGCAUACUGUGCCGGCAAUAUCAUUGGACCUCACGCGUUUCUCGCAGAGGAAGCGCCCACAUACCAGACUGGAGUCAAGCUCAUCCUAGCAUGCUCGUCUGCGCAAGCAGCUUUAGCUGUUCUUCUGCGUUUUAUGCUGGCUCGCAGAAACAAGCACCGAGAUGCCGCAUCUGCUGCUAUUGGUCAGAUCGAGUCAUCCACCGACGAGAGCGCUGGAGCAGAUCUAACCGAUUUUGAGAACCCGAACUUCCGAUACGUUCUUUGA